AAUCACACUGAAAUGUAAUUAAUAUUCAGCUACCGUGGGGUUUAUUAAGCCCGUGAAUACAAAUGACCGAAAGCGUUUGAUAAUGAAAUAGGCUAUGAAUGCUCUUUUCCAAUCAAAACAUUUCAAGAACCACAUUUUCUCAGCUACUACUUGCAAAUAGUAAACUGAACUUUUUUUCCCAGACCACACAAAUGUGGGUAUUUUGGCUGUUUUCUGACCUAGUGACAUCUAUGGAAGUAUGGAUCCCAGUUCCCACUACCAAAACAUCUUACUACGAGUCAUUAUUAUGAGAUAGUAGGUCAUAAUUAUAAGAUAUGUUUAGGGGUCUGUAUCACAUGAAUCCAAUGUGCACUUUACAUCAGGCCCUCCUCAACUUUCAAGGAUAACCUUAUGUAUAUCCCAUAGUCAAUCACACAUUGUGUGUGUGGGAGAGUUUGUGGUGAUAUUGUUCCAUAUUAAUGGAUUGGAGCGUUUUGUUGGUGCCUGUUUGAUGACAUCUGGUUGAAUUAAAUGCAGUCUAUUAAAGGGGCAAUCUGGGAUUGGUACAUCCAUUUUUGGACUUUAAAGUUAAUAUAGAGCGAUUGAUUCUUGAAUGUAACUUAGAAAUGCCUCAUAAGUAAUGGUCUAACCCCAUCAGAACCCAAAAUAUAAGCUUGUUUUACACCAUUAUUUGUAAGCAAUUUAAUUGUAAACAAUCACUGUAUAGUUUCAAAACAUGGUUAAAAAUAUUUAUUUUGAUCUCAUGGAUGGUCUGUCUUUGCAUCCAUAUGAGUCCCUGCAUCUAUGUAUUUGAGUGGUAAAAAAUUUCUCCUGCCCCAUUCCUCAGCUAUUUAACAAAUAAAGGGGUCGACCUGCAGGACUAUUCAAUGUCCAUGAUCCAGACUUGCUAUCUCAUAAUUAUGGGGGUUGUUCCACUAAUCCGGUGCCUUUUGAGAAGUGUAACUUGGUAAACAAAAUAUAUUUCACCUAAUUUUAACAUUCUGUCAUAAAGAGCACAUUCUAAACUUCAAACACUUUUUCCCAUCUCAAGAUGUUAAAUGAAAAUGACUAUAGUAAGUGCCUAUUAUGUGCCAAAUAAAGUAACCAGGUUGACCAUAACAGGGUUGACGAUUUCAUCUUAAAUCAGCCAUAAAUCCCCUCAUGACAGGGGUAUAUUGGAAGCUUGUUGUAUGCAACAGGGAGUGGCAAUUGAAUGCAAACUUCACAAAACAAUUUAAUUGCUAAAUCAUUUCUAGCCUGUCUAUGGGUAACAGGGUUAACGUUAUGCUUGACCCGCUCAGUUUACCCCCACAAAAUGCCCAAAAAGCGUAGAACCAGCUCACCCGCUUUUACACUAUGAAUUUACUAUUUGAUGUUCAAUGUUUCUUUUGAAAAACAUAUUUAAAAAGGAAUAGUUUUACCAUAUUAAAACAAUAGUUCACAUAACAGGGUUGACCUUAAAAUGAGGGGCAGAUGUAAAUAAAUCACUAAUCGCAUGAAAUAAAUAAUCUUCAGAAAUAACUGUCAAAGCAACAAAAUAACUAGGGCUUUACAAUUAUGGUGAAACUUGGACAUUUUUAGCUUAAGUGGGUUGAAAUCUUCCUAGAAUUGACACAGGGUUGGAUGACGGAGGGACAUGUCAAGGCAUAGGGCACAAAGUAUUUUUAAACAUGGACUUUGUUCCAUAAGGUAAUUUCUAGUAAAGUUAUACCAGUCAUAGCAAUAAAGUUCUAAUUAUUUAGGCUCAAAAUAGCCUCUCAUGAAAUGUAUAUUAUAUAUCUGUGGAAACUAGGCAUCGGUAGGCUUAAUUGUUUAAUUAUAAAAAUGUCAGUACAAGCCUCAAAUCGUAUUUUCAUAUAUAUAGUUAGUCUUCUAAGAGCUAUAAUUUGCAGACACUGAAUCUUCAAAUAUUUGCACUCAUGUGUACUCGCAAUAAUCCCUAAGCAACAAGUUAAGACACAUGUAUCAGGAUAUUUGCACUUUACACCUGUUUGAUAUUUGACAGAACUCUUUUUUUCCAAGUUGUGUACUCAUAAUCUUUUUUAUUUUGAUUACGAAGGAGCCGAGGGAGGGACACAAUGUUGGUUUUAUCCCUGAACAGGGAGGGCUGUCUUUAACAGCAUAAGUGUCACUUUGUUGUAGAUGAGGGUGAGGGAUAAUCAACCUCUGCACGGAUGUGUGACCUAGCUAGUACGACUCCAAGUUCAGAGUGUGGACAGACCUCUGUACCGCGGCACGUAUCACUGCUUCCAGUCUAUCGUACGGCAAGAGUCGAUGACAGGGCUGUAUAAAGGCAUCGGCUCCCCCAUGAUGGGCCUGACCUUCAUCAACGCCAUCGUGUUCGGUGUCCAGGGCAACGCCAUGCGCAGGCUGGGCCACGACACUCCGCUCAACCAGUUCCUGGCUGGGGCGUCGGCGGGCGCGUUGCAGAGCAUCAUUUGCUGCCCUAUGGAGCUGGCCAAGACACGCAUGCAGCUGCAGGGCUUGGGCGAGAGGAAGUCCAAGCAGAAGCUGUACAAGAACUCGCUGGACUGCCUGGUGCGCAUCUACCGGAAGGAGGGCUUCCGCGGAAUCAACCGGGGAAUGGUGACCACGCUGGUCCGUGAGACGCCAGGCUUCGGGAUCUACUUCUUGACCUACGACGUCCUGACGCGGCACUUGGGCUGCGAGCCCGACGACCCCUACAUGAUCCUUAAGUUACUGUUCGCCGGCGGCAUGUCGGGCAUCGCCUCGUGGAUCUCCACCUACCCCGUGGACGUCAUAAAAUCCCGGCUCCAGGCGGACGGCGUGGGUGGCUACAACAAGUACAACGGCAUCGCAGACUGCGUGCGUCAGAGCAUGAAGCGGGAGGGCUGGCGGGUGUUCACGCGCGGCCUCACAUCCACACUGCUUCGGGCAUUUCCAGUCAACGCCACAACCUUUGCCACCGUGACUCUGUUCCUCAUGUACAUGCGGAACGAAGAGGGCGGCAUCACAGACUGCGAGCCCCUACCCGUCCACUCCUCACUCACUGCGAGCCCACAGCAGGCCCAGCCCUCAAGCCUGUGAACUGGGGAAUAUUGUGCUUCUGCUCUGGUAACCCUUACUGGAGUGGAGGUGGUCCCACAGUGCACCAGUUAAGCUGCUGAGACCUGAGUGACUUGACCACUCGACUAAGGAUAUUUUUAUACGAUGUAUUUUAAGAUGGAAAACUUCCCUUGUAAAUAUUUACGUGUCCCUUUUUGACCCUUGGUUUUGUACAGAGCAGCCUUUUUUUAUUCAAUUGUUUAGAGUUUUGGUGAAUUAAUUUGUCACUGGGGGAAGAAAGCAAUCACACUGAAAAAGCACUAAGAUUACUGAACUGGUCAUCCUGGUUACAGACAAAACACCCUUAUACAUGUAUGAAUGCACAGCUGAGUAUAUUUAUAUGCAGGGUUGGAGUAACGGAUUACAUGUCAUCUGUUACAUGUAACGGAAUAUAAAAAUAAACUAUUCUGUUACCAGCUAAA